CGUUAACCGUUCACUGUUCCGUCCAUCGGUCUAUCUCUCUACCUGCUUUUGCUUAGUCCGCUCCGCGUGUAGCUGUGAUUUGGAUCGACAUAACAUAGAACAUAGAACAGAUGAAAAGUUUCUCCAGCCGUGGCGUGUCAGUUUGUUUCGUUUCAUUCGUCUCGUAAGUAGGAAUUGUAUACUGUUGGCAACACGGCAUAGAAUUCGUUUCGUAGGUACGUUCACCUUUUAGAAAAUAGGUAUUAAACUAGAAUUACCUAAAUAAUUAAAUGUGGAAAUAAUUGACAUCAUCCUAAGUGCUAAACAGUGCUAAAGGGAUUACCUAACCUCGGUUUAAAUGACAGAAAGCUGCAGUGAUUGUUUCUGUCGCCUACAAAAGAGGAUAUCCGUAUCUUCCAACAGCAUGACAUUUUAAAUGGACAGUAAUGGAGAAUAACGAAUAUCCAACAGAUCAAAAUAAAGAGAGACGAAAUUCAAAUACGGAGUAUAUGUCUACAAAAUGUCGAAUAACGAAGCCAGAACCACCAAAACCUGCCACGAAUCCAUUGCAAUUUAUAAAAGUAGCGCCUUGUCCUCUUUUCCAAAAAGCCCACGAACAAAUAAAAAAAGUAGAGGAAAUAAAAAGAGAAGAAAAAGAAAUGAGAACAGAAAUUGAAGAUUGGCAAACGAAUCUUGACAACUGGAAGAGCAGUAGAAGAAAAAGACAAGAACACAUCAUAGAACGGGUAGUAGAAGUAAAAAAACUUACAGAACAAGAAGAAAAUGAGAAAAGCAGAAGAAAAAGUAAAACCUUUAAUGAAAUGAUGGAAGAAAGGAGUAGGGGCAGACAUAAAUUUAAUAUUCCUUUAUACGAAGACGAUUCAAAUGAUUUAAGCGAUUAUGGAAUUGGUAGCAGCAGCUCGAAAACGAAUAGCAUUAAAGAUGUUGAUACAGACGAUAGUAGCAGUAUACUGGACGAAAAAGACAAUCACACAUUCGAUUUAUCUAGUACUAAAGGCAAUUCCAGUACCUCAAACCAAAGUCAAAGUGAAGAUGAAACCAACACCACCAAAAAUGAACCCAUAUCUGUAAAUAAAAACAAUACGUUUACAAAAACAUACACGAGUACCUUCUCCACUAGCCUAAGUUCCAAUAAAAGUAAACCUGUGUCCUUAAGUAAACCCUCCAUAUUUGAAACGAAUUCAUAUCAAGAACCUAAAGAAAAGCAAUAUACCUACGAAGGGGCUAUCCAAGACUACCGGUCGAGAAUCCAAACGAUUAAUUCAGAAGAUUCUAGCAGAUUUAAGCCUAAAGAACAAACUGAAGUAUUUCUUCCUAAAGGAGAAAUAUUUAAGAGAAAGGGAUUGUUUGAGAGCAAUAUAGAAAUUAGUCAAUUAGAGACUCCUUCUUCUAGAAGGUUAUCAGAAGACUUUGUUAAUACUAGAAGCAUUAAGGAUAGAUUGAAGAGCUUUGAACAAAUAAACGACCAAUAUCCAAAAACUGUAGAUAAAAGUGAAAUACAAGUCUCUGUGAGACAAAGGCUUCAAUCAUUGAACAAAUCCAAUGAGACUGAUUCUACAAACAACAACCUCACCAGAACAAAUAUUAAUAAAAUAUAUUUAUUAAAUAAAUCAAAUAGCUCCAAUUCCUUCGAGUCCAAGAAAUCUUGGAACAGUGACGACAGAUGCUUCAGCCCUGAAACUGAACUGUAUGUUAACAAACUGAAUAUGUUCAACAGGGAUUUAGAUAAUCUUAUGAUUAACAAAUCUCUAGACGAAAGUUAUGCGCCCUCUAUAUCUUCCACCGAAUUAACCUGCAUUUCUUCUGACAGAGAAGACAGUGGUAUUCACACAGGUGAUGUAUCCUGCUCUGUCAGUCAAGCAGAUGAAUCGGUAGAUGUAGAGAUAGCUACUAACAUAAAUGAGAGACUGAACGAAGAUACUCAAUUUGAGAAAGAUCUCGCUCAAUUUCAAGCUGAUAUGGAAAAACUUAAACCUGUAGAUAAAAAUGAAAAUAUUUUUAAUCAAAACAAGAAAAUUACACAAGGUGGUGAUAUCAUUGUUAUGCCUAUUACUAAAGAAAUUAUUGAUACUACAAUCGAAUUUCUAGAAACGUGUAGACAAGAUUCCUCAGAGAAUUUAACACCUCAAGAACCAAUUAACAAAAAUAUAGUAAUGCCCUUACCAGUAACCAAACCAAAGCCUGUAAUAUACGAAAAUGUUGAUGUUAAAAAGUUAGGUCCUGCAUUGGAUUUCAUUACGAGUGAUUUCGUUUUAGAUGCUUCCUUCUCCGAUUUCAACCCUCCUCAUAUAGAACCUCCCAAAGUCAAACCUCCUCCCCCUCCACCACUAGACAAACCUGUACAUGAUUCGGUUAAACGCGCAAAUUCAACAAAAAGAAUCAAGAAAGAACUUGAUAUUAAAAGAUCAAGUUUUCUCGGACUAGAUGAACCGAGUAACGAUGAAGAUAUUUCUUUGGAGAAACCACCAGACUUAAGCAAGUAUUUUCCAAAUAUGCAGAAGCUUGACAAAAGUACUGAGAAAAAAUUUCCAGGGGGUGUACUAAGUAAAGUCGAAAGUCAGGAUUCUGGUUUGGAUUUGGAUAAGGGAAGAUUAUCUAGUGAUACGUGGUGUAGCAGUGUUGGUGAUUCUGGUACACCUAGUCACGAAAGGCAAGUUAGUGAGCAAACAAACAGUAUUACCUCAGAAGAAGACGAAAUAACCAAAAAGGAAAGAGAAAUAAUAGAGCUGGUAGAAAAAGAAGAACAAUAUCGAGAUAUUGUAGAUUACUUAAAUAAAGAACCUGUAAAUAAAGGCUUUAAUUCAGAAAAAGAUUCUGCUUAUGAACCAUCCCUUGGUAGUGAACAGUUCGAUAGUCCUUGUUUUAAUACACAACACUCAGAUUUCUUAGACCAAGACUCAGAAGUACUGAAAGUUGAACAAGAACUUCGCCAGCUGGAACUGGAAGAACUGGAAAGACAACGCGAAAACAUGUUAUUUCGAGAGAGCAGAGCAAAAGCACAUCUUCAUAACAGACACUCUUUAGAAAAUCUAGCGGACAAAAUGUAUCCAUGUUACUUAUAUGAGAACCAUAUGGACUGUCGAAAAUCGAUGCCUGAAUUAGCUAUUCAAAACGCUUCUCUUGAUUAUGGACGAUCCUUACCGACAAAUCAAAGCUGUGCAUACGAAAAUAUUAGAGAUUUAGAAAUGAGAGGAUACGUCCAACCUGGAGCGCUCGUUGAUGGUAACUUAGGUAUACCAGUCGACAGCAGGAAAUCAAUGCCAGACCUUCAGCAAGUGUAUAAGAAAUCCAGUCCUGAACACCAGCGUCCCCUAGUCAAGCAAAGCACACGGAUUCCUCUUGAACAUAGAAAAUCUAUGCCUGAAUUGCAGCUAGAUAUGAAUCCUUUGGCUUUUAAAACUCCAAAAGCUUCAGCAAUUCCGCCCAAGCCUUUGAGAGCUAAAGAAUGGGCAAUAUAUGACCAACAAAGUUCUCAACCAGUUUCCAAACAAUUAGGUGUUCUACACAGACGUGACAAAUGGCACCAUUCUAAAUCAAAUAGUGAGGGUAGGAACUACAACCAACAUUGGCUUAUUCAGGAAGCUGAACUGAGAAGGAUAUCUGACCAACAGAAAAAUUUAGUAACUGCUCGACAUCCAACAAGACCACGUAACCCAGCUAGAAUAACUAACGAAAUGAUACAGCCGUCCGUACAAAGGUCUGAACCAAUUUACAAGGAUGAUUAUAUACAGAACACCUUUAGAAACCACCCUCAAUCAGUAAAUCACGCCUUACCAACAGUGGCCUAUUCACCACCAUCUAUGCCUAAGGAGUCCCAGGAUCGGAUUUUGAGUGUUAGUGGAAAAAAGAAGUGUUCAUAUUGUGGAAAUGAACUAGGAAGAGGCGCUGCCAUGAUAGUCGAGAGCCUGGGUCUUUUCUACCACAUGGACUGCUUUAAGUGCUGUGUGUGCCACGUCAAAUUAGGCGACGGCAUGAUGGGAACUGACGUAAAAGUUCGCAAUCAAAAGUUACACUGCCACAACUGCUACUCCAGCGAUGAUGGUGUCAAAUUCAGUUGUGUUUAAUGUAUAUAAUUAAAGAUUUUUGUUAUAAUAUGUAUAAUUUAUAUACGGUAAUUUGUUUUGUAUAUUAGUCAUAUCGGUUGAAUUGUAAUUAAAAUUUAUAUAGUUAAAUCACUUAAUGUUGAAAAGACUUUGAUAGUAUUACGGUCAUUUGCCGAGAUGGAGGUCUUAUAAAAAUUAUUUAUAACUACAGGGUGUCCAGAAACUCUCCUGGCAAACAAAGACCGGAGAUUCCUCAGAUAAUGUUAAGACACUUUAACCCAAUUCACCUAGUCCGAAAAUUCUUCCUAAAAGAGCAGAGCUCUUUGAAUAUGGCGCCUUGUAAUUAGUUUUUUUAAAUACCUCCAGAACGUUUCUACUUAGAACAACGAAAACUGAUACGCUUAUUUAUCUUCCAGAGAUAAAUCGAUUCCGUCAAUUGCGAAUUUCUAGUACCGGUCAUGGGCGUCCGCUUAGGGUAGGCCAACGGUUAUUUUACCGCAUAACUUUUUUGUCUUAACUUUUAAGCAUGUUUGACACUGGAUUAUUAAAUUGUGACAUUGUGAGGUAUUCUAGUACUAAAGGUUACUUUUGCUUGUAUUUUACCGACUUAAAGCAAGAGUAAUAUUUUAGUACUAGAAUAGGUACCUCAUAAUUUAAUAAUCUAGCGCCAAAAAUGCUUAAAAAUUAAAGACAAAAGAGUUAUGCGAUAAGAGAACCGUUGCCCUACCCUAAACGGACGCCUAUGACCGGUACUAGAAAUUCGCAAUUAUUGUCGGAAUCGAUUUAUCUCUGCGGAAGAUAAAUAGGUGUACCAGUUUUCGUUUUUUUUUUAAGUAGAAAUGUUCUGAAUGUAUUUAAAAAAAACUAAUUACAAGACGCCAUCUUCAAAGAGGUCUAGCUACGUUAGAAAGCAUUUUCGGACUAGGUGAAUUGGGUUAAAUUAUCUCCUGUCUUUGUUUGUCAGGAGAAUUUGUGGACACCCUGUACAUUGUUAAUAUUAUAUAUUAGUGUGUAAAUACCACGAGCGUAUGUUAAAAUUUUGAAAAUUUGUCAUUUUAAUGACCAGCAGUGCCAAAACAAUUUUGUCUUCGUAAAUAUUUGAUUGUUGACUAUACAGGGUGUCCCCGAAAAUAGUGUGUUCCUUAAAGGUAUAGGUAGAAGGCACAAUGUAGAGCAAAAAAGUCAUAACAUUUUUUUCUAAAUUCAGCCGUUUGACCAAAAAACGAAAAUACAUUUUGAUAUGCAAACUGAAGUCUGGCAACAACGUGUAAUUCAAAGACAGUCACAAUAGUAGGUUUGUAGGUCAGUAGUUGUAUCUAUGUAAAUAUCAACAAAACCUGCAGGGGUCUAGUGUUUACAUUUCUUCACCCUGUCCGUGGUUGUCCCCUCACAUCAAACAAAUCAAGAAUUUGGUAUGUUAUUGACAUUGAAUAUUUGGCAUAAUUGGUUAUCUAGUUUUAUUCUGUACCAAAAGAACGGGCAUUUCUUAUUUCUUAACAAGUAGGCACAACGUGAAAUGUGGUUUCGUCACGACGGAGCCCCAGAGCUGUGAAAAAUCUUCAGGAUACCACGUUUAAAAUCAGAAAAUCGACAUACGUAGGUACAAAUAAUUUUUCCUAAGUGCAUUUACAUUUUAGGAAUUAAACCAUAGUUACUUAAGUAAAAGUUAUAAUUUAUGUAAAAUUUCGAGCCCUAAUUAUAAAACCUUCAUUACUUCAGAUAAUAGCAAAAAUGCCACAUUAUUAAAGCAAGAAAUAAUUAUUUUGCAGGUAGUUACCUACCGAUGUCAACAACCCCAAAAAUCACACCUCAAAUAGUAAAUAAACAAGGGGUUCCAUUAGGUUAAAUUUUCAACAGUCACAACAAGUUCUUCUACGCCACGUUGCCAUGUCAUUUAAAUUCAUGAAGAUAAAAAUUCACUUAUAUUGAGAACAAUGUAAUUUUUUUCUUGGAAACGGUUAACUUUAGAAAAAAAUGUUAUAGGACUUUUUUGUUCUAAAUUGUGUAUUAUAUCCAUACCUUAAAGGAACGCACUAUUUUCGGAGACAUCCUUUAUUUUAUUAGAAUUUUUCGAGAGAUAAAAUAUCUGUUAAGCAAAAUGACCUUAAAACUGUCAUCCAUUGGAACUUGCACAGGUGCCAAAUAAAAAUUAACGCACGCUGCCCUAUGGAAAUGCAUCAUCUAUUUUUUUUUCUUCACUCAAAUGGAGUUAUUAUUAUGUUUAGAACCAUGUUUAUAAGGAUGGGUAUAUUUUUUAUUUUACUAUUAAUUUGGCUACAAAAUUUAAACUUUUAUAUCUCAUUCAUUUUUGACGGUUGACUCACAAUUUGAGUGUAUAAAUAUGUAAUCCUUCUUUGUUAAUUUACAGUAAACUUCCUCUAAUCCGGCACAUUUGAUAAUCCAAGUGGAUUUUGCGUUGUCAAUGCCAAAUUUGAAAAGUAAACUUCUAACCAAAACCGUGACCCACAUUGCAUAAUUUGACUGUAGUACUGUUAUUUACUGUUCUACAAAAUAUGAAAAAAAAAACGAAUUAAGCGACAACUAGGCCAAAUGAAAAUCAUCCUCUUCCCCUUAUUUUGGCGUCAUAACCCUGGAUGGGUCUUUGUGCCUAGUGCCCUUCUCUUCAUCGUCUUCCACCCCAUCCAAUAAUCUCGUUUUAGGUUUUCUUCUUUCGUCGUCCUAUCGGCUUCUAUAAGUAAUAUUUUCUUUUUCUUUGUUGAUUUUGUUUCUUCUCUCUAGACAUGUCUCAGUCAUGACAGUCUCUGACUUCUAACAAAUUUUUGAAUAUAGUGCCCUACAUUCACUUUAUUAAUCUCGCCAUUUCUCCUGAUUCUCCAUGUGCCCUCUUCCUCUUGCAGUAUCCUUCUCUCGAAUGUCUUGAGAUGCGCUUCAUCUUUUUUUGUCAUUGCCCAGGUCUCACAACCAUAAGCUCUGUAGAUAGUCAUUUUGGUUCUUUUGUUUAAUAAUUUCAAUGCCAUUUCUAUGAUAUUCCCUCUGGAAAUAUGUGAAUUAAUUUCUCUGCUUAGAGAAUUUCUGAUUGUUUUCUGUUCCCAUAUAUGUCGAGGGAUUCACACGUUCGAUGGUAUAGUUGUCUUUUUGUGUUUUGGUGUUUGUGUUUUGUGAUGUUUGUGAUGGUGUUUUUUUGAUGGUCAUGUACUUGGUUUUUGUUUUGCUCAUUUUAAGCCCUCUUUUUCAUGCCUCAGGAUCAAUUUACUUAGUCGUUGCUUGCUCAUACUAAUGAUAGCUACAUCAUCUGCAUAUCGUCAGUGAUGUGACAAUACCUCCUAUCUGCCUUUUCAUGAAUUUUGUAAGAGAGACUUCAAACUUUUUUUAGGGUCACCUCCUGUUUUCAUAUGUGAGUUUUGUCUUGUUUUGUAGCAAAUAACUAGUUGAAUUAACUACAAAACAAGUAAAAAAAUAUAUGAAAACAUGAGGUGACCCUAAAAAAAGACUCUUACAAAAUUCAUGAAAAAGCAGAUAGGAGGUAUUGUCACAUCACCGACGAUAUGCAGUAAUUUGUGCUGAUUUGUUAUUUAUAUAGCCGGUUAAAUUGGUUUUUCUGAUGACUGUCUGAAGAACUAGCUUAAACAGCAUAGUAGAUAGAGCGCAUCACAGUAUUACUCCCACAUUGAUGUCAAAUAGGGGAGUCAGUUCUCCAAUUACUCUAACUGGGCUUUUGAACCCUACGUCAUUUUAUGAGGCUGAUAUAUAUUUCUGGUACACCUAGAUUACGAAGGUUAUCCAGAAUUUUGUCUCUUCAAACUAUCAAAAGCUUGUUUAAAAUCUAUAUACAUACAUAUUAUAUAGUUAUAUUUUGUAAUCAUAAGCUGUUUCUUGAAUCGUUCUUAGUAUGAAGAUAUUCUCUAAUAGGGGCUCUAUUUGGUCUGAAUCCAUUUUGAUAAUCACUGGUUAUAUUCUCGGAGUAUUCUAACAAUCUAUUAUAGAUAAUACCAGAAAGAAUUUUAUAUAGUACAUUUAGCAAUGUAAUUGGCCUAUAAUUCUGGUAUUCCCCCUUAUCUUCUUUCUUAUAAUAUACAGGGUGUCCCCGAAAAUAGUGCGUUCCUUUAAGAUAUGGAUAUAAUACACAAUUUAGAACAAAAAAGUCCUAUAACAUUUUUUUCUAAAGGUAACCGUUUCUAAAAAAAAUUACAAUGUUCGCCAUAUAAGCGAACUUUUAUUUUCAUAAAAUUAACUAAUUUGGCAUCACUGUACAAGAACUGUUUGUGAUUUAGUUUAUUGACACCACAAAUGUAGGUCAGACAGGUACACCUGCAAAAUAAUUAUACCACCCCAUGUUUGAAAAUCCUACAAAACAAGAAUUUGUUUGUUUGUUUAGGAUGAAGACAGGGUUUAAUGUAAAUACUUAUGGCUAAAAUGCUGCAACUAUUUUUGAAUUGUGAUUGUCUAUUAGAUUUUUGUAUACAUAGUUGUCAGAUUUCAAUUUGCAUACCAAAAUGUAUUUUGGUUUUUUAGCCAAACGGUUGCAUUUAGAAAAAAAUGUUAUGACUUUUUUGCUCUACAUGGUGCCUUCUACCUAUACCUUUAAGUAACGCACUAUUUUCGGGGACACCCUGUAUAUUGGGUGGGUAAGUUCAACUGCUCAAAUAAUAAUAUUAUUAGAUAGUUCCAUAUUAAUAUUAUUAGAUAAUGAAUUCUUCCCCAGAGUUCGGAUCACCCAUGUUUUAAAUAUUCUGCCCAAAUUCUGUCCGUCUCUAGCGCUUUAUUGGUUUUUAGUUUCGUAAUUAUUUGUACUACUUCUUCAUAACUCGGAUUUUCAAUGUGCUGCUCCGCCUUAUAAUAUAUUGUCUCGUUUUCAUUGUCUGUUUUUGCAUAUUGUCAAUUUUGUCUAAAUGACUCUCUAUUAUUAUUUUAUAUAAUUUUCUGCUUUCUUGUCUGUUUAUGUGCUCUGGAAUUUCUUGUACUUAUUUUAUCAAAGCGUCUCUUUUUCUUCUGCAUGUUCUAGUCGCUUGUAUUCUCUUCUCGUUAAUAAUUUCCCUGUUAUUUCUGGUGUUUCUUUGAAGUUUAUUAAGCCUUUUUUCCAUUCCAUCCUGAGCAUACACUAAGCACUUCUUUGUAUCUUGGCUUUUCUGGCAAUGUUUCCAUCAUUAUCGUUUUUAAUUGUCUCAAUUGCAAUCCAUUGCCUCCUUUGCAAUUUAUUCCUGGGAAUACUUGAUAAUCCGGCAAUCUUCAAGGCCCAAAAGUACCGCAUUAAAUGAAGUUUACUGUGUAUAAUGAAAAUUUAUCCACUAUUUUCCACCUCUCUGCUUCUUUUUCUUUUAAUAACGUCUCAACGACUGUUUACGCAACAAAAAACGUUUUUAAAACUCCCGACUUUUAUUGCAUUUUCAUUGUGUUCAUUACAUAAUUCUCUUAGUAGGUCUGUCGUUAUUACUUCUAAAUUAUGAAAUAAUAUAUCAGUGUUGUGGCAUAAUAGUGUAAUUGUUUUGCAAAAUUUGUAACAUUGCGUUUUUGGACAUGUAUAGAUGUAUGUUAUUUGAUUUUUUGUAUUAAUACUGAUUAGUCGAAUUUUUAUGCAAUUACAGAAACAUUAUGGUGGGAUUUUAUCAGAUAUUUGUAAAUGCAUUAAGAUUGUUGAUCUAAUCAACAAGUGAAAGGAAAUUGACAAUAAUUUUUGAUUUUUUUACUUUAAAUCCGAAAGAAAGUGAUAAUUUCGGACACUUGAGAAUUUGUUUGGUGAAUAUAUUUAAUAGUUUCAUUAUCGUUGAUUUAUAGCUCUAAGAACAUACCAAAUUAUUACAAUGUAAGAAGUCUUACUGACAUACUUUUUACAUAUAUUAUAUAAAUCUAUGUAUAAAAUAUUAACUUCAAUAAAGGAAUUUCUUAUUAA